GGCGGGACGGCACCGCGCGGGCGCGGGGGCUUCUAACCACGUCGCAGGCUUCUAACGCCGGCGUGUCAGUCGUAUCCUAACUGACGGGCGGGAGCAUGGGGGCCCUGGCAGCCAGGCGCUGCGUCGAGUGGCUAUUGGGCCUCUACUUCGUCUCGCACAUCCCCAUCACGCUGUUCAUUGACCUGCAGGCGGUGCUGCCGCCCGAACUCUACCCUCAGGAGUUCAGCAACCUGUUGCGAUGGUACUCUAAAGAGUUCAAAGACCCUCUGAUGCAGGAACCCCCAGUGUGGUUCAAGUCCUUCCUGCUUUGCGAGCUUGUGUUCCAGCUGCCUUUCUUUCCCAUUGCAGCAUAUGCCUUCUUCAAAGGAAGCUGCCGGUGGAUCCGAAUCCCUGCAAUCAUCUAUGCAGCUCACACCAUAACAACUUUAAUUCCAAUCCUCUAUACAUUCCUAUUUGAGGAUUUCUCUAAAGCCGUUGCUUUCAAGGGACAAAGACCCGAGAGUUUCCGUGAACGGCUGACCCUCGUAGGUGUCUAUGCCCCCUAUUUAAUAAUCCCCCUCAUACUCCUCCUGUUCAUGCUUCGGAACCCUUACUACAAGUAUGAGGAGAAAAGAAAGAAAAAAUAAGGGAUAGCCACUAGCCUGGUGGGGAAGAUCCCAUGGCACAGUUGCCUUUUGGACAACACAAGAAAACUGCCCUGAACCUGUUUCAGCAGCAUUUGAAACACCAACAGCAGUGCAUACAAACAAGAUAGUGGCAAGAAACAUGCCAAGCCUUCACCUUCCAAGGGCUGAGCAGGCCAUCAGCAGGGGUAUGACCAAGUAACAGCAAAAUGGUGCCAAAGCUCUACCACAGCACUGCUAAAAAGGACAGGUGAGAAGCCGGUUAGCUCCUGACCAAGUCCUCAACACGACCUUGAUAGUCAACAAAUGAGCAGUAUUUUGUCUCUUUAGCACUUUUUAACAUGGUUUCCUGCCCACACCUCCACGUCCGGGAGAAAAAUAUAGCCUCACAUGAGUCCAAGGCAGAACUGGGUUACAGAGGAAGGGAGGUACCUCCAUUUCUGUCUCCAACAGAUAGCCUGGCCGGGGUCACCUGUUGCUGUUUCUAGUAACUGCUGUCAUCCCCACCCUGGCACCUCACACCACUGGGCUUCCUAGUACGCAAGCUUGCGAGGAUAACUGGACUGUCCAGUGAGUGACUGCUGCUUGAUCCACUGACUGUCCUUAUAGAAACAAAAACCGGUGGGUGCUAGACAGUGCUGGCUCUGCCCGAAAGCCAUAUUGCUGUGGUUAUAACGUGUCUGGUCCAAAUAAAGGUAGCUGUUGAUUUGUUGUA